AUGAGCUACUUCCGCAUCACACUCCUCCGCUCCGCGAUCGGUCUCCCCCGGCGAACGACCGACGUGCUCAAAGCCCUGGGUCUGAAGAAGCGCAUGGCCACCGUCUUCCACCCCGUGUCGCCCUCCGUUGCCGGUCAAAUCAUGCGCGUCAAGGAGCUCGUCGACGUCCAGGAGGUGGAUCGGCGGUUAACGAAGCAAGAGGUGCAUCUGGAGCGGAAGCCGGAUCCGGGCUAUUACAUUGAGCAGAAGUCUGGCACUGAAUGGAAGGAGAAGAGGGGAUACUAG